UAGUACUACUCACUCCCUAUCACAAGCCACCACUAUCUCAACCAUGAAAAUCCCAAUUUUUCUAACACCUUUCCUUCUCUGCCUCUUCAUCUCCCUAGUCCAAGCACAAACCCCAAAAUGUGACAUCCAAGAUGAUGGCUCAACACUCAAAGUGUUCCAUAUCUUCAGCCAAUGUUCUCCAUUCAAACCAUCAAAACCAAUGUCAUGGGAAGAAAGUGUCCUAAACCUACAAGCUAAAGACCAAGCUAGAAUGCAAUACUUCUCCAGCUUAGUUGCUAGGAAAUCAGUUGUACCAAUUGCAUCAGCAAGACAAAUAAUUCAAAGUCCAACAUACAUUGUUAAGGCUAAGUUUGGUACUCCACCUCAAACUUUGCUUUUGGCUUUGGAUACUAGUAGUGAUGCUGCUUGGAUUCCUUGUUCCGGUUGUGUUGGUUGUUCAACAUCAAAACCUUUUGCUCCUAUUAAGUCCACAAGUUUUAGGAAUGUUAGCUGUGGUUCUCCUCAUUGCAAACAGGUACCCAACCCCACUUGCGGUGGAAGCGCGUGUGCAUUCAACUUCACUUAUGGUAGUUCUUCCAUUGCAGCUAGUGUGGUCCAAGACACACUUACCCUAGCAACUGACCCAAUUCCAGGGUACACUUUUGGCUGUGUUAACAAAACAACAGGAAGUUCAGCACCACAACAAGGGCUAUUGGGCUUGGGCCGAGGCCCAUUGUCGCUCUUGUCCCAAAGCCAAAAUCUCUACAAGUCCACAUUCUCUUACUGUUUGCCUAGCUUUAAGUCGAUUAACUUUAGUGGGUCGUUGAGACUUGGGCCAGUGUAUCAGCCUAAGAGGAUCAAGUAUACCCCACUUCUCAGAAACCCUAGAAGAUCGUCACUCUAUUAUGUUAACUUGGUUGCUAUUAAAGUUGGUCGAAAAAUCGUCGAUAUCCCUCCUGCAGCGCUAGCCUUCAACCCGACUACCGGUGCCGGGACCAUUUUUGAUUCAGGUACCGUAUUUACUCGACUAGCUGAACCGGUAUACACCGCCGUAAGAAACGAGUUUCGCCGACGAGUUGGCCCAAAACUACCUGUGACAACCCUAGGAGGGUUCGACACAUGCUACAAUGUCCCAAUAGUUGUACCAACUAUAACAUUCUUGUUCUCAGGCAUGAAUGUAACACUACCACCAGACAACAUCGUCAUACACAGCACCGCCGGUAGCACAACAUGUUUGGCCAUGGCAGGAGCACCCGAUAACGUGAACUCGGUGUUGAACGUGAUAGCCAACAUGCAACAACAAAACCACCGUGUGCUAUUUGAUGUACCCAACUCAAGAAUUGGUAUUGCUCGUGAGCUUUGCACCUAAUAAGUGGUUCUUGGUUAAGAUCAAUUUUCUUAGGUACAAUAAUAAUCUUGUCGAAUUGGGAUUAUGAGUUAAUUAUUUGGGUAGUUGGUAUUUUAUUUUUAUUCAUGUCAUUUGGGUUUUGGUAUUGCUAAGAGUUUAUUGCUAACUAUGUAGUAAGAUAUUGAACUACCAUAUGUAAGGAAUUGGUAAAUGUAAGUUUCGAAGUUUGAAGUAUUUAUAUUGUAUCUUUGUAAUGGUAUUUGCCACGGGCAUAUAUAGCACUUAAUUAAGUUGUUUUAUUGAAUAUGAUUAUUGAA